AUGUGUAUCACUCCCCACUACCUGCUGAUCAAUCUUCUCCUGGUGACGUCAUGUCUUGGCACUAAUCAGGAACUGAACAUAGACUAUGUGGUUGUAACCGUAAGUGAGCUUACAAAUCUCAAAGGAGAAUUGGAACAGAUGAAAAUGUCACUGUCUCAGGAAAUUGAGUUGGUGAAGAAAGAACGUCAGCAGAUGAAACAUUUAUCAAAUCUACAAUUGGCAAUAGUCAGGGGUGAUGUUAUGAAGAAUCGGGCAAAGAUUGAAGAAAGCAAGGAAAAGAUUAACGUGAUUCAAGAAAAUGUUGGAGCUAACAUGGAAAAGAUUGACGUUAUCCAAGAAAAUGUUGAACAUAACAAAGUAAAGAUUGACGUUAUCCAAGACAAUGUUGAAGAAAGCAAGGAAAAUAUUGACGUUAUCCAGGAAAAUGUUGAAGAAAGCAAGGGAAAUAUUACCAUUAUCCAGGAAAAUGUCGAAGAAAGCAAGGAAAAGAUUAACGUGAUUCAAGAAAAUGUUGGAGCUAACAUGGAAAAGAUUGAUGUUAUCCAGGAAAAUAUUAAAGAAAGCAAGGGAAAUAUUACCAUUAUCCAGGAAAAUAUUGAAGAAAGCAAGGAAAAGAUUGACGUUAUCCAAGACAAAAUUGAAGAAAGCAAGGGAAAUAUUACCAUUAUCCAGGAAAAUGUUGAAGAAAGCAAGGAAAAGAUUAACGUUAUUCAAGAAAAUGUUGGAGCUAACAUGGAAAAGAUUGACGUUAUCCAAGAAAAUGUUGAAGAUAACAAGGUAAAGAUUGACGUUAUCCAAGACAAUAUUGAAGAAAGCAAGGGAAAUAUUACCAUUAUCCAGGAAAAUGUUGAAGAAAGCAAGAAAAAGAUUGACGUUAUCCAAGACAAUGUUGAAGAAAGCAAGGAAAAGAUUGACGUUAUCCAAGAAAAUGUCGAAGAAAGCAAAAGAAAUAUAACCGUAAUCCAGGAAAAUGUUGUAAGUAACAAGGAAAAUAUUAAAGGUAACAAGGAAGAGAUUGAGUCCCAAGCUAAUCUGGUCAAUAUAUACGAGAGGAUGGUUUACCAUGUAGAUUGGGAGAUGAAAAACAUGGUGAAGUUCACAAAACAGCUGCAGGAGGAUAUACAGUCGAUGGAAAGUGGUGGCCUGUUAAAAAGAGACGACUUGCUCGAAGUGGAGAUGGAGGUUAAGGGGGUGAAGCUGGAGAUCGAUCAAAUAGAAAGUGAUAUCAGAGGACUACCAAGUCCGGUUAUCAUACUGAGCAGCGAAGAAAAGAAGCCUAAAGGAAAUCCCAAAUGUGCUAGAGUCUGUGCUGGAACUACAGAUACUGGGCUGAAGUCAGUAGAUGAGAUAGCUAGAGUGAGUGACGGUCUAGCUGCUAGACUGAUGGAAGACAGAAAGCUGCGGAGAACUGUUGUCAAUCGAUCUCGGGAAUACUACCCGCCUUAA